UUCCAGGUGGUUCAGGAAAGAAACAGCAACAGCGUUGAUGCGAACGAUACCGCUGGACUAUCGCCCCGCGAAGCAAGAACCGCCACAAAGAAUUAAACGAACUAUCCUCGACACGAAAGCACGUACAAACGUUAAGCGAAUGCGAUCAUCGAACACGCGAAAAAGACGGUGAAUUUUUGCUGAGAAAUUCGCGAAAAGAAAUAUGAAAAACCACGGGCGCCGCUUCUCACGGAUCACUAUUGGAGUUCGAGGAACGAGCAUGUCGCUGCUGUUGAGCUGAAGAAUCUUCCGAGGAGCCUUUUCAUGGUAGUCUCAACGUCGCCUCAACUUAUGCUAGACUUGAAACAACGUAUGAAUAGACGGAGCGAUCGGUCGAAAGGUGAUCAAACAGAGACAUCGUGGACUUAGUGAUAAUCGAAAGGACCAAGUGUCGAGUGCGUGGAAUUCAUCAGGAUUCUCUUCGUCUCCGUCGGUCGCAUUCGAAACCAUUCCUUUUCUUUUCUCUCGUCCUGACGUUUCGCGUAUAAAUGUAUUGGUGACCGCUGGAGAAAAUGGCGGACGAAACGCGUAUAAUAUCGUGAACAUUCUGGACUGCAUUCGUCGCGAAGAAACGUUCCCCGUAAAGUUCACACGCGAUAUCAGACCUUUCCGACGGAAACGAAGAGGCGAACGAUCGUCCGUGAAACUAUAGACUGUCGAUCCUCGGGGCUGUUGUUAUGCCCUUACGCGUUGCUUUCGUUUUAUCGGAAGCGACGCUCGAUUAGGGUCCCCCCACUAGGAUGGAUCACGUGCACGUAAAGUCGAGGUCGGCCUCCAAGAGCAACCCGACGAAAAUGGCGUGCGAAAAAGCGACAAGGAGGCUGAGGACGGUCCUGGUGAAGGCAUCCCGUCUCGGCGUUUCCACCACGGAGGUUGCCAGGCUGCCAACCGCCAAGAAGCUCAUCCCUCAGAGAGAUCACGGAUGGAAAUUGGCGGUGUUCCUCCUGCUGAUGUUCUGCGGCGGCGUGAUCGUUGCGCUGGCCUGCACCGCGAGGAAAGGCUGUUCGAAGCUGGAGGAAAUCAACCUGGCGACCUAGCCGUCGCGACCCAUUGUUCCCCCCUGGCCGACAACGAGCGAAGCAACAGCAGCGACAGCACGAAUGCCGGCGGCAGCGACGCCGACAAAAGCUAUUCGCCCGAGCACCGCAUCCAGCGCGUGUCCACGUCCGAACGGAGGCAUCUGGACGCCCCGCGAUCCACCAGAGAAUUAUCCGGAUGCCGUCGAAGCGCUUUCGCGGCCGCGGAAUGCGUCCGUCGUCAGAAAACCGGGGAUUCCGCGCUUAGCGUCAUAGCCGAACGUGGAGAACGCCUGGACACCAGGAGCGUGCACCUGAAUCGCCAAUCGAACCGAUAACACGGUUCAUCGGACGAUCGAGGAUGUCGAUCGUGCCGCUGCGUUUCGAUCGAGCGUGCAACGAAAACCCGGUUGGUUUCCGGUACGGGCGAAUUUUUCUUCGGGACGAUGUUCCACGCCGCGGAGGAGGAAGUCACGGGGCGAUCGUUACGGAAAGAUAAAUUAAGGAAGAAUACAACGGGCGAAGGAAACAAACAUAGGCGGGGGCGACGCGGGCGGGGGAGACGAUUCAUGAAUGCGGCGUCGGCCACGCACGCGUCCUCGCGUGCUCUCCGCGAAUUAGAACGGUCUUGCGUAUUUGUAUCUGUCUUUCUGACAGGCCGGUUUACCCGGGCCGCGGUAAAUCAUCAGAAUUAGCGCAAUUUCGACGUCAAGUGGCCUCCACGGAAGAGUUUCUGUCUCUGCGUUUCUUCGCGGUUACGAAGGAUUAAUGGACGCGACGGGGAGGAACGAUUCGUCCGAGGAUGAAAGGACAGGCGGAGGGUCCGUAAGAAGUUGAACGUUGAAUGUUGUACGUAAGAAUCGAAGGAUCGGGUAAAUUUCGAAACGAGUAUAGAGAAACAAGGGGACACGAAACUCGUGAAUUUUGCUGGAGCACGCGUGAUCGCGUGUUAGUAUGGAAUUAUACGAUCUCGUGCAAGGAUUUCGUUUUUUUCGUGGCUACGCAUUGUUACGAUUUAAAUGCUCCACGCGAUUCGUAGCUGGUCGAAAGCCUCGUUUAAAUUAGUUCCUGUUGUUUCCAUGGUUCUUUUUCGAGGGAAAUGGGACACUCGACGUCAACGACUGGGAAAGCGAAACGAGGAUAUUAUUUUCGUUCGGACGCCGGUGACCUGGAGCGUGGAUAUUCGUAUCGUAGGAAGGCAAUUUUCGAGAAAACGCGUUCGAUUGUCAAGAUCUCCGGAACGCGAACAGCUUCCGUUUCUCUCAAGAAUAUGGUGCCCAGAAGAAUGGUGUAUGAAAAGACGAGGAUAACUCGAACACUUUUUAUAUUCAUCGUUAACCCCUUGCCAUACAAUAACGAGUCUGACUCGUUACAAGUUCUUGAUGAAAUGUUUCAUAAUCAUGAGGCUACUUACUCAUCAUCGAGUCUUACCUAUUAAAAUCAACAUAUUUUUACAUUGACGAGGUAUUUGUAAAACAAAUCUAUUCUUUCUCGUGACCACUUCUUGUACGAACAGAUUUAAACAAAAUUAAAUAGUACACGUUUGAAAAAUUAUUUGAAAUUAAAUCGUACGUCAAGGGGUUAAACUUCAACGAUAGUUAUGUUAGGUCAUCCCAUAAGUGCGGCUCGAAAUUCUCGAAUUAACGAAGAUAACAUAUUUGUAAUUUAGUAGAAGACAAAAUUAGUCAGUUCAGGGGAUUUCCAAAAUUCUAAACGUUAACAACUCAUAGAAAUUUGAAAUACAUAGAUAUUGAGUCAAUGUUCGAAGUAUGGAAAGGAAAUAUUCAUGAUCGUACUUGAGCUUGACUGCAUGAAUAUUUUUGUGAGCGUAUAAUAAACCAAACUUCCCCUAAACGACUUAAUAACUGCACGAGUGUAUACAACAGUCUCCAGACUUAGUAAUGGAUAAACAAUUUGAAAUUAUCCACGUUUCAAGGAACAUCGUUAAACUACACUUCAACAAAAAAUCAAAUAAAUUUUGUAGCGAUGAUAUUGCCAAAA